AGAACUGAUCUCCUUUAGGAUGGACUGGUUGGAUCUCCUUGUAGUCCAAGGGACUCUCAAGAGUCUUCUGCAACACCACAGUUUGAAAGCAGAGUAGUCCCUCAAAAUCAUGCCCGGGGUUCUUAGUGAAUCCUGCUCUGUGCCCAGCCCUGUGCUAAGCUUCAUCAGCUUUCUGUCUCAGAAUCCAAAUAUUGGAAAGACUCUGUGAUCGUCUUUCUCAUUUCAUAGAUAAGGACAGCUGAGGCCUAUGGAGGUUAAGUGCUCUGCUCAGCGUAAAGCAUCAGCAGUAGGAGUCAACCCAGCCCUGGCUGGUCCCACAGCCAAGAUGUCCAGCCUCCAUUCAGCCCGCCUCCUCGCACGCCUAUGGGUAAACUUCUCAAGGAGGCUUGGGGCACCAUGCAUAUCCCAGGGUCAAAACGUGUGGAUAUUGGAGUGACCUGCUCUGGAGACAUCAGGGCUCAUGAGAGAUAGCCAAGCCUCUCUGCUUAUGGUGAAAAGUUGGUGGAUGGUCAUCUCUGGAUGCUUGUCUUUGGAACCAUGAUUGUGAGAACUUGCCCCCCAUUGGAGGUGCCCGAAAGAUGUGUGUACUGGUUCCGUGGGGUCUGGGGAUAAGCCAUGAGGCCCAGGGACUCAAGAGAUUGUGUGCAAAACACAUGCUUGGAUUGGUGUGGAUCUGGAGAGAAGGAUCAUAGACCUCACAGGGUUUCAGAUUGGGGGGGGGCAUGACCCCAAAGAGAAAGAAGCACUGGGGCUUCCUGUCACCCCCGGGCUGACCCAGACCUCAGAGGCUGAGUCUGGACACCAUCAGACCACCUCCUCCCAAGGCUGCACUGGCUGAACCACAUAUGGGCAUCCUGCUCACCUUGAAGGUUGUUCCAGGACACAAGACUGCUAAACUUGUCCUUGGACUUACUAGGUGUGAGGUCUUAAGAACAGUGAUACCUGCUCAGGGCUCUCGAGGAGAGCCUUCUGGGGAAAUCUUGUGUUGGAUUCAGUAACAGGAAUAGUUGGGUCUCUCUUGAGCAGGUGCUUUAAUCUUCACCUCAUGGAUCCUAUGAAACACAUAAAUGAAGUAUUUCCCUUUUCUCCUUGGCUGCCAGGUAACUCCGACCUGUCUGUGUAACCUCAUGGGUUGUGCACUGACCUGGCUCCUCGUUCUUUCAGACUUUCAUGCCCCUAUUUCCCCCUUGCCUCAUUUUCAUCACAUUAUUUUCCUUAGGAAGAAAAAACUUUGCUAUUUUAUGUGUUCUAGACUUAACUAAACAAACAUCUAUGGUGGAUCAUCACUGGCCACUGCAGACACAGGGAUUAAGCAUCUCCUUUCUGCAGUCUCCAUCCCAGAGGACUGUUUGCCAACUCUGUGGCCCCCCCAUCUCUUCCCCCAUCCAGUUCCCUCUGCUUCUUGCUCCAGUUUCUGGGACCCCAGAGCCUUGGGGCUCCUCCAUACUGACUCCUAACUCUGGUGAGCUGCAUCAUCUGAUACAACGAUCAGGUUUUUUUCCUCUGCUUCUCCUGUCUUCCCAGGCUUCACAAAAGUAGGGGAAAAGGGAACAAGGAGAAAAACCAGGAGGGGAGUCAUUUCCCCAACUGGGCCUUAGCUGCUCUUCCCAAAGCCUCAGGUCCCCCUUUGGAGGCCUCCCCCGUUUUCAGCUCCUAUCUUGUCUCAGGAGCCCCAGGUGACUUCUGUCCCCUGCCAGAGCAGACUGAGCCCAGUUUUUCUGGCUGAAAGAUGGUGAAUGCAACCCCAAUGCCUUGGAAAUGCCGGUGGAGAGAGCCGGCCAGCAAUGCCCGGGGGACAGCAGUGCCCUGGGGGCACAGUGAGACGCUGGUGCUGGGUUUCAGUGCCCCACCCUGCCAUCCGCUGUCCCUCCAGUUCUUGCAUGAGGUGGCUGCUCUCCGUUUCCCAAAGUUAAUAAACUCAAACUGAAUCAACAUACUCAGUACAAACUGUGCCUUCCUCCCACCCCUCUCUUAGCUCCUCCCACCUGGCAGCCACAGUUAACUGGUUCAGUGCAAGUUCUUGUGGUUGUUUAUGCAUAGAUUCAAAUAAAUGUGUGUGUGUAUAUAUAUAUAUAUUCACAUACAGUCCCUUUUAAAAGCUGAGAGAUGGUGGCACACUAUUGCCCAUGUCUUUGCUGGCCCUAUAUUUUAAAAUUUUUUUUUACUUAAAAAUGCAUCUUGGGUGAUGGUUCCACCUUGGUACUUAACACAUCUGUGGAGCCUUCUCUGAUAGAACUGGUUAAAAAGAAAACGCUAGGGUGGGGGAGAAUGUUAAUCAUGAAAGGGUUAAGUCUCUAGGGAAGAGAAGGGAUGCUCAUGGGUGGGUGUUAGGAGGUUUAAGAGCCUUCUAAUUGUGUGUAUAAAACUGUGGGCACAAAUAGAUCUUCUGGGAAGAGGGAUUGUGUCUCUCCAAGGGGGUCUGUGACCCAGAAAAGACAAAGAACCACAGCAUUGGGUUGCGUGGAUUAAACAGAGCAGGAGGCAGAGGUUAACUCGUCAGAGGGCAGCGUCCCUUGGUUCCGGGGCCUCACCGGGGCAGCCACGGAUCGGGCUGAGACAGGGGCAGAGCUGCCAGCCCUGGUAGCCUCUUGGAAGGUGACUGGAGCCUUACCACUUCCGAAGGAGGGUUCCCCCAUCGUUCAGGGAGGGUGGUCCUGACCCUGAGGAUGAAGUACAAGGGCUUCCUGGGAUCGGACAAUUCCAAUGACCAGACCUGGGAAGCCCUUGAGGGCGGCUGGGUUUAGGGAAAAACCGAGGCACAAAGAGGCCAGGGCCAGGGGAAUGCAGAGCCUGUGGGCUGCUCCAGCCUAUGACAUUCGGAGUCCCUUCCCCGUCCCUGCCGGAGCGGAAGGAGACCAGGGAGCCGAGGCCCCCCAGACGCUAUGAGGCUGCCUGUUGCCGCCUGCCUCUUGGUGUGUGGGUGAGACGAGAGCGGAGCACAGAGCCGAGCCCGCAGCCCGGGUGGGCGUGUCAUCGCCCCACCUCGGGGCUCCUGCAACAUCGCCUCCCCGCCUCCGCCUGCCUGCCUGCCUGCCUGCCUGCGUCCUCACAUUAGACUGCAGCCAACCAGCCAGGAAUGCUGAAGCCAGCCGAGACGCAGCGCUAAGGGGAGGCACUGCAGGAUGUGGCCACUAGAGGGCAGCAGGGAAGCCACUGCGGCGGUUCGGCCGGAGAGAGCUCGCCGGCCGGGAGAGUGUGCAGGAGGGCAGGGGCUCCGCGCAGAGGCUGGCCUUGCAGAGGUCUGGGCACAGCGGUCAGGGACCGUGUCUGCCUCACCGUCACAGUCAGGAAUGAUGGGUGCUGAGGGACCUCCUUGAGACAGAAAGCACUCGAGACAUUAAUGACGAUAAAAGUAACUUAACACUUACUGAGCACUUCCUCCUCGCUAGUCAUUGUAGGACGUAAUAAGUCUUAAAAAAAAAAUAGCCUUGUUAAAAUUAUCCCCACUUCUUGGGUGAGAAAACCAGAAGUCCGGGGAGACUGGGGGAAUCUGGUCAUUAACAGGGCUGGUGCCAGAGCCAGCGUCCCAAGUGCAAGUCUGCACCAUAUUACACGCCUGUCCACAUGACCACCGCUACGGUUAUACUUACUUUAGCAGUGGGGAAACUGAGGCUCAGAGACAACGAGUGAGUCACACAGGCCUGUGCAUCUGCUGAGUGACAGGUCCAGGUAGGUGUGGUUUCAUGGCUUGAGCUCUUAGCUCUGAAUUCUAGUUCUCCCAGGUGGAGGUGUUUCCUCCUCCCAUCCUGGACCCUAAUUUGAAGGUGGCUGGUUCCAAAGUCUGAACUUUCCUUGGAGAGUGGGUGACUCCCAAGAGAAGUUAGAUUCUGGAUGCCCAGGUCUAAGGCUUGCUUGGAUUUUGACUCACCAGAGGUGGAGGGAGGCCAGGCCAGAGGCUUCGAGAAGCCCCAGCGAGGGGCUCUGGGGCCCACAGUCCGGCUCAGAGGAUGAGGGUAUUGAGGAUAUCCCUUGCAGUGGCCAGAGCUCCCCUGGGAACAAUAGGGCCGGGCCUCAGGGCCUCUGGUUUCCAGGGCAGUUGCUUCCAGCAUACCAAGGACGCUUGGCGGGCCCUGGGCCCGGUUCUGCCAGGCUGGCAGGAGAGCAGGGGCAUUUCUAGGAGGGCCUGACUUCCUCCAUCUUCCCGUUCCCAUGCCCUGGCUUUGCCCUCUUUGGGGGUGGGGUGGGGUGACAGGGAGUGGCCUGCCUUCAACACAUUCCCCUCCGGGUGUCCAGGUUGCACCUUGUAAAUCGGAUUCCUGCUUUUUAGGGGAUUUAUAGCAUCGCAAUGAUGCUUCAGUUCCUUCUGAUUUAUUGGCAAAGACAGCAGCUUCCAAUUUGGGGGUGCUGGUGGUUCAGGGAAGUGAGGGGAAGAAACUUAAAAUGGUUUCCUCCUUGAAAGAUGCUCAUCUCUAAAGAAAACCUUGGGUGAAUUGUUUUUGGAAUGGGAAUCUUAAGAGUUAAGGGAAAGCUUCCAUUUCAAGCUUCCAUCUCCUGUCUUGGUGAGGACCAAAGGGCGUUGCAUGUAGUUGAAGAGGGAGUUAGGUCAGGGAGGAGGAUUUGAGCAUACCGCCUGGCUGGAAUCCUGGCUCUAAGCUUGGAGAAGUUAUCUAACUGUGUAGAACCUCAGUUUCCUUAUCUGUAAAAUGGGACUAUGACCCCACAGGGUUACUGUGAGUGCUAGAUGAGCUGAUGCCUGGAAAGGGAGCAUAUGACUGGGAGAAACAUCACAAGUGCCCAGAAGUACUUGCUUUCCUUCGUGUUAUUUCGCCCAUAGUGCUCAGAACAGCACCUGGCUCAUGCUAGAUAAUAACAUGCUUGUGAAUAAAUACAAAGGAAAUAUGGCCAAAUGAAACAGCACUGCCGCUAAAGAAUGGACUCCAGAAUAAUUUUAAAAUAUUACUCUACACGAAUAUUGGUGAUUUUCCAUACCUGUUCUCUAAAGAUGUUCACAUUUGUCUUGGGGCCCUUGGGCAGGGCAGGCCUGCACUCUGCAUGGGCCGGGGGAGGGUCACAUAUAAAGCUGAGAAGCUCUUCUCUGUGGGUCCUCCAAGCAACCCAGCUGAUGGAGAAAGCGUCUUCUGCUGUCACGGGGUGAGGCAGUGUGGGAUGGGUGCAUUUGUCGGCUCACACGGGAGGUUCCCCAGAACCUCUGACUGUGCCUUUCCCCUAUUUACUGCCACCUGGUGACACAGUACUGCUUCCUCUAAGUACCAAGUAGGGUUUCACACUUAAAACAGGACUCCCAGGACUGCCGCCAGCCCACUGCCGUCACACCAGCCUCUGUGCCCAUCCCUAAGCUUCAGCAUGUUUCUUCCCCACUAAACUGACGGUAGAAGAGCCACAGCGCCGGCCCAAGUGUCUGAUCCAGAGCGACUCGAGUCUCUCCUACUUCUUACUUGCUUACCAUGCCCAUUGGUGUAGUCUCUGAGCCUUAGUUUCAUCAUCUGAACAAUGGGAAUGAGGACCCUGACCUUCCAGCAGGGCCUCUCAGGAAAACAGACUCUCUCCCUGGUGUGCAGAGCUGGGUGAGUGAGCUGAACCUGACAGCACUCAUUUGGGAAAUGAGGACCCACUCGUCCCGCCCCCAAGGGGAAUUGUGCCCGAUAGUGAACGUGGGAAGAAUACUCACAAGGCGCAGGCCUUCACCCAACCUCCACAAGCCCCGUAGUUCAACCAGACCAGACAGCAAAGGGAAGAAGCAUGCUCUAAAUCUCAGAAGUCAUCUGAACGUCGCCUUCUAACGUCCGGUGCCUCACACACUGAUUCACAAAUGAGCAGGGGACGUUAAUUGUGUGCAUGUCUGAAGGCCAUAAAAGGGUAACCUGGAGGAACAGUAAGUCAGAUCUCCUUGGAGGGAAGGAGUGUGGGCUCUGGGGAACCUGCUGGAUGAGGGUUAAGCCAGGCAUGUGAGUUCGGGCAGGUUUCUCCACCUCUCUGUGCCUCAGCUUUCUUGCCUGUGAAAUGGAACCAAUGCUGGCUUCCACGUAAAGUUCUUGUGGAGCACUGAUGAGCCAAGGUAGGUAAACUGCUUAGCGCUUAGGAAAUACUCAUUGGAUACUCACCAAAACAACGCUGCGACCUUGGUGCUUUGACUUAGGGUUUGCAAAGAGUGUGAGGGUCAGGGAUGCUCCCUGGUCCACUUUUGCUUUGAGUUUCAGGUAGCCGCUCUCCUCUCUCUGUGUGGGUGGAAGAGGACCCUCGCUUCCUUUCUGUCCCUUCCUCCCGGGCUUCAGCGGGUGGGCUGCCUCCACUGAGCCGCUGCUUCCACCUGGAGAUCUGGGGUGAGGCUCCUUGUUCUUCCCGACUUCCGCUAACCCCCACUGGGGAAGAUCACUGAACAAGUCUGCUGGCCACGGGACUGCCGCACAGGCUGUGACCGCUGGCGAGGCCUGGAGAGCCGGCGGCUGCGGACUGCCCGGCGCGGAGCAGCCUCUCUUUGGCGGAUUCUUUACCACUAGCACCACCUGGGGAGCACCCCCUUCAUCAGUGGCCAGGAGAAAAUCCUGGAGGCCACUGGGACCUGGGAAGGGGUGUGUCUCAGCAGCCCCUGGACCUUGUCUGCUCUGGGCCAGCUGCCUCUGAGGGAGUCCAAGACCCCCAAGAGUCCUCCACUGGAAUAAGCUGGUCACCUGCAUCUGUAAAUUGGGUGGGGAGCACAGGAAGGGCUUGACGCUGUUGUCCACCUUCCCCAGCCCGGUGGCCAGAGGUUUCUAGCAGCCCACCCACUCAAGACCUCACAUGCUGGAGAAGCAGCCCCAUGAAGGUGCCCAGCCAUGCAAUGUUCCUGGAAGGCCGUCCUCCUCCUUGCCCUGGCCUCCAUCGCCAUUCAGUACACGGCCAUCCGCACCUUCACGGCCAAGUCCUUCCACACCUGCCCGGGCCUGGCGGAGGCCGGGCUGGCCGAGCGGCUGUGCGAGGAGGGCCCCACGUUCGCCUAUAACCUCUCGCGCAAGACCCACAUCCUUAUCCUGGCCACCACGCGCAGCGGCUCCUCCUUCGUGGGCCAGCUCUUCAACCAGCACCUGGACGUCUUCUACCUGUUCGAGCCUCUCUACCACGUGCAGAACACGCUCAUCCCCCGCUUCACGCAGGGCAAGAGCCCCGCCGACCGCCGGGUCAUGCUGGGCGCCAGCCGGGACCUCCUGAGGAGCCUCUACGACUGCGACCUCUACUUCCUGGAGAACUACAUCAAGCCGCCGCCUGUCAACCACACCACGGACAGGAUCUUCCGCCGCGGGGCCAGCCGCGUGCUGUGCUCCCGGCCGGUGUGCGACGCCCCGGGCUCGGGGGACCUGGUGCUGGAGGAGGGGGACUGCGUGCGCAGGUGCGGCCUCUUGAACCUCACGGUGGCCGCAGAGGCCUGCCGCGAGCGCAGCCACGUGGCCAUCAAGACGGUGCGCGUGCCCGAGGUCAACGACCUGCGGGCCCUGGUGGAAGACCCCCGCCUAAACCUCAAGGUCAUCCAGCUGGUCCGGGACCCCCGGGGCAUCCUGGCCUCCCGCAGCGAGACCUUCCGCGACACCUACCGCCUCUGGCGGCUCUGGUACGGCACCGGGCGGAAGCCCUACAACCUGGACGUGACGCAGCUGACCACGGUGUGCGAGGACUUCUCCAACUCCGUGUCCACCGGCCUCAUGCGGCCCCCGUGGCUCAAGGGCAAGUACAUGCUGGUGCGCUACGAGGACCUGGCCAGGAACCCCAUGAAGAAGACCGAGGAGAUCUACGGGUUCCUGGGCAUCCCCCUGGACAGCCACGUGGCGCGCUGGAUCCAGAACAACACGCGGGGAGACCCCGCCCUGGGCAAGCACAAGUACGGCACGGUGCGCAACUCGGCGGCCACGGCCGAGAAGUGGCGCUUCCGCCUCUCCUACGACAUCGUGGCCUUCGCCCAGAACGCCUGCCAGCGCGUGCUGGCGCAGCUGGGCUACAAGAUGGCCAGCUCGGAGGAGGAGCUCAAGAACCCCUCCAUCAGCCUGGUGGAGGAGCGGGACUUCCGCCCUUUCUCGUGACCGGGGCUCCCUGGGCGGGGGCAGGGGGCACACGGUGUCGGUUUUGAUAACAUGGACCAUUUUUAACUGUUGCCUUAUUUCCCCCUUCCCUCUCCCACCCCGUCUUUUGUGUCUUACCUGCCCCCUGUCCGCCCCGCCCCCCAACUUCCACCUGCCUCUCUUUGUCUCCGAAAUUUGCACUAUGUCUUGGACAGGAAUCCCUGGGGCAGAGGGGGCGGUGAAGUGGGGUCCAGCCCCCACCCCACCCCGUUCAGACACUCCGGUGUGUGUCUCUGGUGGAUGGUGACAAUGUUUACAAGCACCACACUUACACAUUCACAUACGCACGUGCACACACACACACAUGCACACACACACGGGCGCCUGAGAGGAGAGACACCCCAACCACACAACUUCUGAGGUUUUUUGAAUGGACGAGUGGUCAGGGUAUGGUAGUUUUUGCACUGUCUUACUUCAACAAGGUAAGAGGUUAAAAACAAAAAGACCACCUCUCUCUAAUUUAUGAAUGGUGUUUAUCCCUCCCCAUCCUGCUUCUGCCCCCCAAUACCCACUGCCCCCCACUCCAUGGAGCAGAGAAAACUGCCCCUUCCUGCCCACCCUUGCCUGUCGGUGAGCAGGUUUUUACUGUGAGGUGAAUGUGGACCUUGUUUAUUUCUUCCAGUCUGUGGCAACGCUGUCUGUCUGUCUGUCUGAGUCUUGUGGCUGCCCCUGGACCAGUGAUGGCUGAUAAAUAUUAUGGUUUUCUGAUUGAUCUUGGGGUCCAUCUGUGAUAUUUCUUUGUGCCAAAAAGAAAAAAAAAAAAGAGUGGUUCAGUUUGCUAAAUGAACAUUGAAAUGCUUUAUCUGUGUUUUCUGUAAAUAAAAGAGUGCAAUAAUG